CAGAUGGUCACUGAUCUUAUCUUAGGUUGUGUGUGUAUAUAUAUAUAUUAUGACAUCUACCUUAAAGAAUCACCAUUAUUUUAUAUAUACAUACAACUUAAGCCACUAUGUAUACUCCGUUAUUAUUCAUCGUCCUUUCUUUUCUCCUAUCUUCACCAUUUUCAUCUUCAACACUUCUCAGAAUAACCAAAGGCUCAUUCCUCUCCGUGGAGAAACCAAGCAACAUUUUAAUUUCAGAGAAAAGUGUGUUCUCGUCGGGUUUUCAUGCUGUGGGCAAUAACACAUAUUGCUUCGCAAUAUGGUACACUCAAUCAUUGGAUGAUGGGAGUUACACGGUGGUUUGGAUGGCCAAUCGAGACCGACCAGUUAAUGGAAGACGCUCAAAGCUCUCCCUGCUAAAAACUGGUAAUAUCAUCUUGACAGAUGCUGAUGGUCUCACUGUUUGGGCCACCGAAACCACCUCAACUUCUUCGGUGCAGUUGGAACUUUAUGACACUGGUAAUCUUGUUCUCCAUACUUUGGAGGGUAAAAUUCUUUGGCAAAGCUUUGAUUUGCCAACGGAUACUCUUCUUCCUCAACAACCACUCACCAGAAGCACAAUACUUGUUUCAUCAAGAAGCCAAAGCAAUUACUCUUCCGGUUUCUACAAGCUCUAUUUCGACGAUGAUAAUGUGCUCAACCUUCUCUUUGAUGGCCUUGCGACCUCCAGCGUUUAUUGGCUUGACCCGUGUUUGCGACCAUGGCAAGCUGGAAGGACCAACUACAACAACAGUAGAAUUGCAGUACUUGAUCCCGCUGGCCAUUUCAAGUCAUCUGAUGAUUUGAAGUUCUCGGCUGCCGAUUUGGGCAUAGGGCCUAAGAGAAGAUUGACGGUUGACGUUGAUGGCAAUGUUAGAUUGUAUAGUCUGAAUGAGAAGUUGAGAUCUUGGGUUGUUUCAUGGCAAGCCAUUUCCAAUCCAUGCAGCAUUCACGGCAUUUGUGGGCCCAACAGUCUGUGUACUUAUGCUGCUGAAAGCGGUCGGAGAUGCAAUUGCUUACCGGGACAUAAGAUGAAAAAUCACACAGAUUGGUCUUAUGGUUGUGAACCAGAUUUCACUCCCUCUUGCAACAAUGACCAUGAAGUUGCUUUCAUCAAACUUCCUCAUGUUAAGUUCUAUGGGUAUGAACUUGGCUACUUCGAAAAUCAAACCCUAGAGUGGUGUGAAGAGGAGUGUUUGAAGCAUUGCGAUUGCAAAGGGUUUCAAUUCAGUUAUGAGUCUGAUAACGGUUACUAUCUUUGUGCCACCAAGGCUCUGUUGUUUAAUGGGUAUCGCUCGGUGGGAUUUAAUGAUCCCAUGUACAUAAAAUUGCCCAACUCUAAGCUCUCCUCCUAUGAUAAGCCGAAUCAAGAAUUCCGGUUAGAUUGCUCACACCAAGUUACAGCACUCCUUCAAAGAACAUACAAGAAGAAGCAAGAAAAUGGCGCGGUGAAGUUCAUGCUUUGGUUCGCCUGUGGGUGUGGAGGAGUUGAGAUCAUCGGUUUCUUGUUCAUACUGCUGUAUGUCAUGUAUAGAAACCGGGAAGGCUCUCGUGUAAGUGACAACGGUUACCGGCAUGUAGAUAUUGGAUUCAGAAAAUUCACAUAUGCCGAGCUUAAGAAGGCGACGCUUAAUUUCAGCGAAGAGAUUGGCAGAGGAAGCAGUGGCGUUGUAUACAAAGGUAUAUUGUCUGACAAUAGAGUUGCAGCAAUCAAGCGCCUCGCGGAAACUGAUCAGGGCGAAGAGGAAUUCUUAGCAGAAGUAAGCACCAUCGGGAGGCUUAAUCACAUGCACCUGACAGAGACAUGGGGUUAUUGUGUGGAGGGAAAGCACAGACUUUUGGUGUAUGAGUACAUGGAGCAUGGUUCUUUAGCAGAAAACAUAACCUCCAACACACUUGAUUGGCAGAAGAGGUUCGAAAUUGCUUUGGGUACUGCAAAAGGUCUAGCUUAUUUACAUGAAGAGUGUUUGGAGUGGGUUUUACACUGUGAUGUAAAGCCUCAUAACAUACUCUUGGACUCCAAUUACCAACCAAAAGUGGCAGAUUUUGGGCUGUCUAAACUCUUCAACAGAGGUGGGAUUGGUAAUUCUAGCUUCUCUAGGAUGAGAGGAACAAGGGGUUACAUGGCUCCGGAAUGGGUUUUUAAUCUUCCCAUCACAUCCAAAGUUGAUGUGUAUAGCUAUGGUGUUGUCAUGUUGGAGAUGAUAACCGGAAGAAGCCCGACCGGUGCUGUCCACACCAUGGAUGAUGAUGGAGGGAUGGAGCGGAGAAGGUUGGUGACAUGGGUGAGAGAGAAGAUGCAUGCAACAACUGGAAAUGGAUCAUGGAUUGACGAAAUCAUAGACACCGCCAUGGAUGGUGAAUAUGACAAAAAUAAGAUGGAGCUUCUGGUUAGAGUGGCUUUGCAAUGUGCAGAGGAAGAUAAAGAUACAAGACCCACCAUGACUAAGGUAAUUGAAAAGCUUUUGGGUCAUAAAAAUGAUGACUUUAAAAAGUCCUUUGGUCAUGAAAAUAAUCAGUUUUAAAAGUCAGUCAUUUUUUAAAAAUAAAAAUAAAAAAGUCUGUCCUUGUUUACCUAUCAUAUGACAGUUUGAAAUUUGAGUGUGAUAAUAAUGACUUUUGGGUCAUGAAAGAAAUGCUACCGUUAUGUCUUACUUAUUUGUUAUUCAGUGUGCUUUAACUUUUGCUGCAUCUGUAGUUUGUACAUUGUGUUAUUUCUACUAAAUAAUUUUUUUUAAAAAAGUUAGUGGUGUAAACUAUUUUGUCGAGAGAGACAUUUUUUUCAUUAGACAUUACACUAAUCAUCUGUUGAUCUUAUACAUUUUUUUUUUUUAAUAUAUUAUUGUCCAAAAUGUAUCACUAGCAGUAAUACAAAGUAAUAGAAAUUCAAUCUAACAUAUAUAUAUAUAUAUAUAUAGUAAAGUGACUGCACUCAC